AUGCAGAACCUCUCAGAGGGAUUACUCAAAGCAGCUGAGGUGAAGACUAAACAACAAUUGGCAUUCACUGCAGACCAAGCAUUCACUAUGAAGAGCUUUGCCGACGCAAUUGCCACUAUCAAUAAGAAUAGAGAAAACCAGAUCUUAGGCCUGCAGCAGGAGAUUGAAUGUUUAUACAGACAGGCAACUACACUAAACCUGAAGAUCUCAUCACAAUUAUUCACAAUCUCUUCAGAAGUGUACACAUCAUUGAAGACUGCUGUGCAGGAUGAGAAUCUGAGCAUGAAAUAUAUCAAGCCAGAAGAUCUGCUGAAGUCAUUAAGCUUUAAUAAUAACUGA